GCCGUCUUUCGCGCUCACCUCCAAUUAAUAUCCACGCCUGCGAGGUCGGCGCUUCGUUUUCGCCUCUUUUGGCUUUGUUUUGUUUUGUCUGUUGCUUUGUUUUGACGCGGCGGGCUUGGGUACACUACCGUGCCCUCUGCGUAUGGAUCGCCUCUGCCAGAGCAGGCGAACAAAGCGCGUCGAGCCUCUCCAGAGAACUGCCUCCUCCAAAAAAAAAAGAGCAAGGAUUUUUGUCUGUAAGUACUCAGGAUAACCAUUUGGCAUCUUCGAUUGUUUUUUUCCCCCUUGAUGUUAGGCUGCCUUAAUGUGUAGUUCGCUGGAAAAAGAACACACUGUUAAAGAUGGAUACGCUUCUUCUUCUUAGCCCGAUGGAUAGGCAUUUCAUUUAGGGAACACCCGAUCCCACUGCUGGACAAAAAUGAUGGCAAGAUUUUGGAUAGCGCUGGACGCGUUGCUGGUUUCCUGGGAGUAGAACAGGCCCGUGUCGAUGCUUGAAAACAGAAAACAGCCCAAUACUGCAGCACACAUUCAAACAUUUCAUUCCCCAAGGCGUCACUCACUAUAUGACAAAAAUACACCCGCGCGCUGAGCGAGCAUACUGACAAACACAUCACCGAUAAAAAAAAAAACAACAACAACAAAAACAACAACUAUGGAGCACACCGGCAUCGAGGAGGUGAACCAAACGCACCAGCAGCAGCAUGAGCCCAUCAGCUUCGGCAUCGACCAGAUCCUCAACAGCUCGGACCAGUCCAGCGGCUGCAUGCUGCCCAAUCGGACCGGCGACCCGGAUUACGCGCUGGCCUCCAACGUGUACAGCAACGGGUACAACAGCGUCUACAACCCGGCCUGCUCCAUGGCGGCGGCGGCGGGUCUGGCCGGCUCCUACAACGUCAACAUAACGAUGAACGUCAGCAUGAACAAUGAACGUUAACGUGAACUCGGGCGCGCCGUCGGGGUGAUCCGGGUGCCGGCAGCAACAGACCCACUGCCGCCUCCCCCUCGCCGCCGCCGCCGCGCCGCACGCCCCCCCUCGACGCAUCCCGCAUCGACCCGGCCAUCCCCUCAGGUGCCCGGCGAUGGGGAUGGGGAAAUGCCGGGCGAACUCACCUUCCGUGCCGAUGGAGAGCACGUCUAGAGUUUGGCCGAAGACAGGUAUUUAACAGGGGAGCAGGGAGAGGAGAGCCGAGUCGGAGAGGCCACAGGGGGGCCGGGGCCUGCCGGGUCCCUCUGUCCUCUCCCCAAGGGUGACAUCGGCAGGGUCCCCGUCUGGAGCACUGUGGAGACAUUAGCCAAAUGCUAUUACCCCGAGCUCGCUCACCUGCGAGACGGCAAUGGCCUUCUAGCAGACUAUCCUUUCCCAAAGGGGGCUUGCCCAGCUGCCCUCUCACCCUUCUCUGUGACCCGUCGUAUCGGCCACCCAUAUCAGAACCGAACGCCGCCCAAGAGGAAAAAGCCUCGCACCUCCUUCAGCCGGGUGCAGAUCUGCGAGCUGGAGAAACGUUUCCAUCGGCAGAAGUAUCUGGCGUCGGCCGAGCGCGCCACCUUGGCCAAGGCCCUGAAAAUGACAGAUGCACAAGUCAAGACCUGGUUUCAGAACAGACGGACAAAAUGGCGGAGACAGACUGCGGAAGAGAGGGAGGCCGAGAGGCAGCAGGCCAACCGCCUGAUGCUGCAGCUUCAGCAGGAAGCUUUCCAGAAGACGUUGAGCCAGCCUCUGCAGCCGGACCCGCUCUGCCUGCACAACUCCUCCCUCUACGCCCUGCAGAACCUGCAGCCCUGGGCAGAUGACAAUAAGGUGACCUCCGUCACCUCUGUGGCAUCUGUAGUGUGAGCGUGUGUGUAUGUGUGUGUGUGUAGAAGAGGAGGAGAAGUGAAGGAGGGAGGGAGAGAGAGACAGAGGG